GGGGACGACUCUGCCGGAGGAAGCAGCGGGGGCCCCGACCGGCGUCGGCCCGUCGCCUCCGCCGCCGUUGGGCUCUAAGUAGAUCAGUUUGGCCCGGCACGACCCGUCGUGGUCCGCCCGGGCUCAGCGGCCGCGGGGCCGCGGCUCCUGAUGGAAAUCAUAUGACACAGAAUAUUGGGUGCUAUCUUCCUGACAGAUCUUCAAGAAUUGCAAAAGUCAUAAACACUAAUGCAUUUGAGAAAGCGGUAAAAAUUUUGGCGGGGAGGGGAAAAAGCAACUGCUUUCCUGACCUGCAGCUUUAGUGGAUGCUAAUAUGUCUGUGGACAUGAAUAGCCAGGGAUCUGACAGUAAUGAAGAGGACUAUGAUCCAAAUUGUGAGGAGGAGGAAGAGGAAGAAGACGAGGACCCUGGGGACAUAGAGGACUAUUAUGUGGGAGUAGCCAGUGAUGUGGAACAGCAAGGAGCUGAUGCCUUUGAUCCUGAGGAAUACCAGUUUACCUGCUUGACCUACAAGGAGUCAGAGGGUGCCCUCAAUGAGCACAUGACCAGCUUAGCCUCUGUGCUAAAGGUAUCUCAUUCAGUUGCUAAACUCAUAUUAGUUAAUUUCCACUGGCAAGUCUCAGAGAUACUGGACAGAUACAAGUCCAAUUCUGCUCAGCUACUCGUUGAGGCUCAAGUUCAGCCCAAUCCAUCAAAACACGUCCCCACAGCCCAUCCCCCUCACCACUGCGCAGUGUGUAUGCAGUUUGUGCGGAAGGAGAACCUACUCUCUCUGGCUUGUCAGCACCAGUUUUGCCGCAGCUGCUGGGAGCAGCACUGCUCAGUACUUGUCAAGGAUGGUGUAGGCGUGGGGGUCUCUUGCAUGGCUCAAGAUUGCCCACUCCGAACACCAGAGGACUUUGUAUUUCCGUUGCUGCCCAAUGAAGAAUUGAGAGAUAAAUACAGACGCUACCUCUUCAGGGACUAUGUGGAGAGUCAUUACCAGCUCCAGCUGUGCCCUGGUGCAGACUGCCCCAUGGUUAUCCGGGUACAGGAGCCCAGAGCUCGCCGAGUGCAGUGCAAUCGAUGCAACGAGGUCUUCUGUUUCAAGUGUCGUCAGAUGUAUCACGCACCCACAGACUGCGCCACAAUCCGGAAAUGGCUCACGAAGUGUGCAGACGACUCUGAAACGGCCAACUACAUUAGUGCUCACACUAAAGACUGUCCCAAGUGUAACAUCUGCAUUGAGAAGAACGGAGGCUGCAAUCACAUGCAAUGCUCCAAGUGUAAACAUGACUUCUGCUGGAUGUGUCUAGGAGAUUGGAAGACCCAUGGCAGUGAGUACUAUGAGUGCAGUAGGUACAAGGAGAAUCCUGACAUUGUCAACCAGAGCCAGCAGGCCCAGGCCAGGGAGGCCCUCAAGAAGUAUUUAUUCUACUUUGAGAGGUGGGAAAACCACAACAAAAGCUUACAGCUGGAGGCACAGACAUACCAGCGGAUUCACGAGAAGAUUCAGGAGAGGGUCAUGAACAACCUGGGGACAUGGAUUGACUGGCAGUACCUACAGAAUGCUGCCAAGCUCUUGGCCAAGUGUCGAUAUACUUUGCAAUACACCUACCCGUAUGCAUACUACAUGGAGUCAGGACCCAGGAAGAAACUGUUUGAAUACCAGCAGGCUCAGUUGGAAGCUGAGAUCGAAAACCUGUCAUGGAAAGUGGAGCGUGCAGACAGCUAUGACAGAGGGGACUUGGAGAACCAGAUGCACAUAGCAGAACAGCGGAGGAGAACCCUGCUGAAGGAUUUCCAUGACACCUAGGUCACGACACGGGCGUGCCGGGUGAGGAAGAUGCGCCUGAGAGGUCUCCCGGCUGUCACACUGCAUGCUGCAGGCUCUGCCUUUCACAACCCCAGGCGACAGCCAGGGCCCCACUCCUGAGAGACACUGGCAACACACCUCUUAGUCGAUUUCUGUUUUCUUCUCAUCUUUUUGCUUUUUGUUUCUACCAGGGUAGAAGCCAUGUUGAAUUGGCUCCUUUUCAGGACUUUUAAUUCCCCCUGGAUGGUUGUUGGGAGGGAGGGAAAGUUUUUUCUGAAUGGCUAUUAAUAGUAUUAGAUCAUUACAACUUAAUGUAAUUUUCAGAGGUUGUACAAUUAUACAAAAAA